AUGGCUCAACUAAACUUCGUCAUCCUCGACGUCUUCACCACCCAGCCGUACACCGGAAACCCUCUGGGAGUGGUUUUCCUUCCUAACGAAGACGAAAGGGCCCUGACGCAGAGCCAGAAACAACGGAUUGCAUCGGAGUUCAACCUCUCGGAAACCAUCUUCGUGCACCCGGAAAGCGAUGCUGAGGAAGGACAAGAUGGCCGAAGCAAGCGCAAAAUCGACAUUUUCACCAUCGACUGUGAAUUGCCAUUUGCGGGACACCCGACGGUCGGUGCCGCGUCAUGGCUACUUUGUCUGUCACCCAACAGAGAAAAGGAGCGACCUGUCGGAACUCUCGUCACCAAGUCCGGAGAUAUCUCUAUUCGGAGACUAGGAGAACAGAACAAUACAGAAGUGGCUGCGAGAAUCGCGCACAACGUGCGUAUUCAUGCGGCCCGGUUCCCGCUCAAGGAAGUGCUUCGCAUGCAUCCAACUCUGGCGGCUUUCUUUCCUUCCGGAGAGCAAGAGCAGAGAGAAAUCAGCUUCCCCAUCGUGUCGAUUGUCAAUGGCAUGACUCAAGUUCAUAUUGAGCUCCCAUCUGUCGCAGCUCUCGCUGCGGUGACUGUCACCGGUGCUAGCAUGAACGAUGCCGCGAAACCCGAUUACCUCGACCAAGGGUGGCAGUCUGGCCUUGUGCUUGCCUAUUUCUUUGUCCGGGACGUCGACGAUGCUCAAACUAGAAAAAGAGUCAUCCGGACUAGGUCGAUUGUAGGGAAUUUUGAGGACCCAGCGACGGGCAGCGCGGCGAGCGGGUUGGCGGCGUACUUGACUUUGGUGGAGGGGAAACCUCGGACGUAUCGCUACAACAUUGUGCAGGGAACCGAGAUGGGCAGACGAAGCGAUAUUGGCAUUGAAACUGUGGUGAAAGAAAAAGGGAAGAUUGACAGUAUUGAGCUGACUGGUGUAGCUGUGCGAGUAUCUGAGGGCCGCAUUCUGGUGCCCGAGUAA